CUAGCUUAGCUGUACGUCAAAACUGUUGCUAGCUAGGAGAGCUAUGCAUGUGCAGAGAAAAACAGGAUAACUUGGCUAACGUUAAAGCUAGUACGUAUAUUUUGCUUUCUGGAGCGCGCAAGCUAAAUACACAACUGUUAUGUGGACUGUGCAAAGAAGUCGCACAACGUUAAGAAGUGCUAAUAAUAAUAUUAUUGAAUCUAGACGACCUACUGUUUGAUAUUCGCAGCAGGAAGCUAGCGACAUAUCUCUGAGGCUAGUAACCAAGAUGUACUGUGUGAGACAACGUCAGGCUGUAACGUCUACAGUGUGAGUGUGCAGUCCUCCUUGCCAAGGAAGGAGAGGCACCAGGGACCAUGAGUGAGAAUGGUCCUCAUACUGAGGCGACGAUGUACUUUGAGGUAGAGGUGGAACACCUGGGGCGGGAUGAUGAAGAUGAAGACGAAGACAAGAUCCACUUUGACAAAGAUGAUAACCUGCUCGGCGAGUCUUCGUCGUCAUCUGGUCGGGUGUACGACCGCACCACAGUACUCAUUGAGCGGGACCCUAUCCGGCUAGAUGAGGAAGGUGAAGAGGAGGGUCACUGUGGAGGGGAGGAGGAAGGGGUCACCUUCCUCACUGAAGGGGAAGCAGAUGAGGAGGAUGGCUCUAUGGUUUUUAUGUCGGACCCUGUUGGGAUGUCACAGGGUUAUGUGCACCACACUAUUUCUCCAGACCAGAUCCAGUUCACGAUAAAUCCAGGCUCCACCCGUAUGCCACGCAACAUCGAGGGGGCCACCCUCACGCUGCACUCCGAGUGCCCCGAGACCAAGAUGAGAGAGGUGAAGCGCUACCAGUGCAUGUUCGAAGGCUGCACCAGGACGUACAGCACGGCGGGAAACCUGCGAACGCACCAGAAGACGCACCGGGGCGAGUACACAUUCGUGUGUAAUCAGCUGGGCUGUGGGAAGGCCUUCCUCACCUCCUACAGCCUCAAGAUCCAUGUCCGCGUUCACACCAAGGAGAAGCCGUUUGAGUGUGAUGUGCAUGGCUGUGAGAAGGCCUUCAACACGUUAUACAGACUGAAAGCACACCAGAGACUUCACACAGGCAAGACAUUCAACUGUGAAUCAGACGGAUGCUCCAAGUACUUCACCACACUGAGCGACCUGAGGAAGCACAUUCGCACACACACUGGGGAGAAACCGUUCCGGUGUGACCACGAUGGCUGUGGUAAAGCCUUUGCUGCGAGUCAUCACCUAAAAACACAUGUACGGACACACACAGGGGAGAAGCCUUUCAACUGCACCAGUGACGGCUGUGAGAAGACGUUCAGCAGCCAGUACAGCCUGAAGAGUCACGUCCGGGGUCACGACAAAGGACAGCCUUUCACCGUCACCCUCACACAUCCGCUCUCUGAAGAUGCAAAUCACUCGCUGUGCCUCAGUGACCUGAGCCUCAUCUCGACAGACUCAGACCUCCGGGAGAACAUCCAUAAUGCUCAUUUGGACCUGAACAAUGUGACUCCUGUGAAAAUCUUUGAGCUCAUGUUCCAGAGUCCUGAAAAUAGUGUCAGCCAAGAUGAUGCCCAUCAGCACGAGAGCCUUAUUGAGUCGUUCAGUCUGGAGAUGACGACCCCGCGGGGAGGGAUUGACGGCUCGUCUCUCAUCUCUUUCUCUCUCCAUCCCACCUGCUCAUCUUCCUGUUCACACUCGACUGCUGUCCUGGAGGCUCCUGCACGGCUCAUCCACAGUUCCUCCUCUCAGGCCUCCCCCCCCGCCCCCGCCCCUUCCACCGUCAGCUCCACACCUUUCGUUCAAGUGACCGGGCCUCAGCAGACCCCUGAUGUACCUGCGGGGGCACCUGCCAAAGCACCAAACAAUGCCCCCUCCCAGCACUUUGUGGCAAUACCACCCACAUUCCUGCAGUCGGAUAACGCCAUCACGCCUGCUCCUCCACCACCAGCCGUCUCCACAUCCCCUCCUGUGGCUCCAUCGCUGGGCCCCGCAGCACCACCAGGCCCUGUGGCUGUGGCUGUUACAGCUCCACCAGCAGACACUGCUGCUGUGACAGUGGCUCAACCUUUGCCUUUGGCCAACAACCCUGUCUCCAUCCCCGUCCCCAACCCUGGCUCGGGAUUGGCUCCCACCCCUGCCACCAUCACCAUAGGCUCCACCUCCAACCUGCUGCAGCCCAGCCUGGUCAUGUCCGACCAAAACCUGCAGUGGAUCCUCAGCACUGCUGCCAACAGCCAGCAGAACCCCGACCAGACACAUCCAGGAGGUGCAAAAGUAGAAAAGGUUUUCUUCACAACAGCCAUACCAGUGGGAGGAAGUGCGGGCAGCUCGGUCCAGCAGAUCGGCCUCAGUCUGCCCGUCAUCAUCAUCAAACAGGAGGAGUCCUGCCAGUGCCAGUGUGCCUGCAGGGACGCUGCGAAAGAAAGGACUUCAAAGAGUGCCUCCUCCAUUGUUUCAGCCCCAGCACAGCCGCAACCCCCACCUCCUCCCCCUCCUCCCCCCCCUCCCCCGCCUUCACAACCCCCAGAGCCUCUGCAACACCCACCCUCCUCUAUCACUUCUACUCCAAGCACCGAGUCUUCCUCAAAGGUGGGUGAGGUGAUACCGGAGGCCCCCACUUCUGCUUCCUUCUCCAGAGCUCAGACUUUUUCCUCGAUAGUGAGCAGCACGGCCACGAACCCUCCCUCGUCUGAAGGGUUAGCCAACAUGGACGUGUCGGACUUCCUCUCCCUGCAGAGUCCGGAGACGGAGGACACCAUCGAGGCUCUGCUGCUACAAGCUCAUGACUUCAGCAUGACCACUGAUGGCAAUCCUUAGAAGAGCUGCGCCUGGCACCUCGUGUUCCCCGCUGCGCCCGCUCAUCACCAGGCAGCCAAUCCACACACUUCUCAAGUGCUCCUCCACAGCAAUGCCACUUCUCUGUGUGUGUGUGUGUGGUGUGUGUGGUGUGUGUGUGGUGUGUGUGUGUGUGUGUGUGGUGUGUGUGUGUGUGUGUGGUGUGUGGUGUGUGUGUGUGUG